UCAGAAUCUUCUCCUUGUCACUCAACUGGACUCACACCUCCUCUUAGGAUGUCCUACAGCUGCUGCUCCAGAAAUUUCUCCUCUCACUCCCUUGGGGGCUACCAGUGCUACCCAGGCUCCUCCUGUGGCUCUUCCUACCCCAGUAACCUGGUCUACAGCACUGACCUCUGCUGUCCCAGCACCUGCCAGCAGGGAUCCUUCCUCUAUAGUGGCUGCCAGGAGACCUUCUGUAAGCCUACUAGGUGUCAGACUUCCCUUGUGGUCUCCAGCCCUUGUCAGAUGUCCUGCUACCAUCCAAGGACUUCCACACUGUGCAGUCCCUGCUGGACAACUUACCCUGUGUCUCUGGGCUUUGGUUCCAGCAGAUGCAGCUCCCUGAAUUCUGGAUAUAGAAGUUGCUGUGGAUCCAGGGGCUUCAGACCCCUGGGUUAUGGAAUCUGUGACAUCCCUUCCCUAGGCUGCAGAUCCAGCUACUGGAACCCAAUCAACUUUCCUUCCAGGGGUUUCCAUUCAUCUUGUUACUGGCCAAUCUGUAGAUAA